AUGGAUCCAAACGUUCAAGGAAGGGUGUAUGACGACUAUGCAUUGCUCGACUGGUCGAUGGGCUUCUUUCCUAAAUCCGAUUCAGACCUUGAGACUGCACUGCAGGUGGCGGCAGCUAAUGGUUCCGAGGCCAUCGUCAAGCUCCUACUCGAGAACGGAGCUGAUCCAAAUAUCCAGGGCGGAUAUUUUGGCACUGCAAUGCAGACAGCGGCUUCUCAAGGUUCCGAGGCCAUCGUCAAGCUCCUAGUCGUGGCGGGAACUGAUCCAGAUGCCCAGGGCGGACGAUAUGGCACUGCACUGUUGGUGGCGGCGUAUCGCGGAUCCGAGGCCAUUGUCAAGCUCCUUCUCGAAAAUGGAGCUGAUUCAAAUGCCCAGGGCAAAGAAUAUGGCACUGUACUGCAAGUCGCGGUAUUCAAAGAUUCCGAGGCCAUUGUCAAGCUCCUACUCGAGAAGGGAGCUGAUCCAAAUGUCCAGGGCGGAGAAUAUGGCACUGCACUGCAGGUGGCGGCGUUGGAGGGUUCCGCGGACAUUGUCAAGCUCCUGCUCGAGAGUGGAGUCGAUCCGGAUGUCCAGGGUGGAUAUAGCGCUGUAAUACAGGCGGCGGCAGUUGGGGGUUCCGGGGUCGUCAUCAAGCUCCUGCUCGAGAGCAGCCGGGGCGGACAAUUUGGCACUGCACUGCAGGCAGCAUCCUAUGAAGGUUCCGAGGCCAUCGUCAAGCUCCUACUCGAGAUGGGUGUUGAUCCAAAUGUCCCUGGCGGUUACUUUGGCACUGCCCUGCAGGCGGCGGCCUAUAAAGGUUUGAAGACCAUCGUCAAGCUCCUGCUCGAGGUAGGAGCUGAUCCAAAUGUCCAAGGCGGACGAUUUGGCACUGCACUGCAGGCGGCAGCCGGGCAUGAUUCCGAGGCUGUCAUCAAUCUGUUGCUCGAGAUGGGAGCUGAUCCAAAUGUCCAGGACGCACGUGACAAUGCACUACAGGAGGACACUAUGGCACUGCAAUGGCAGCCAUGCGUAGAAUGUGGCCGAACGCGCACAGGAGUGAAUUUAUAA